UGUUAAAGCUUAUGUCUAGGCACACAAAAUAAUAAUGCUGCAUCCAUGUAAACAAUGUUCAUUGUUGUACACGCAAUAAUAUUAUUCUUGAAGAGCGUAGGUGGAUGCCUUAUAAUCAGGUCAUAUCUAUUUUAAUGAAUGACGUCAAUUCGGUUUUGAAGCUAUAUAAACACAAGAACAUUCACUUGUUAGCUUCAUUAAUCCACUAAAAUGGCCAGUACUGAAGCAAUUUAUGCAGCAAGUUAUCAGGAAGUACGAAUAACUACAUAGGAUUUACAUGAGAGUAAAUCUCAACAGUAGUUGGAUUAGUAAUCUUGAAAAGUGGAAUAGCUAAAUGCUCUGGUGUAAAAAUGUCCCGUGUACAAAUUAUAAAGGAGAUGCUUGCCGAUGAAGACUUCAAAAUGAUUUUGAUAAAGAAGUUGUAUGGCGAAGAAGAUGACCAAGCUGGUGUACUAGCAGCAAACCCUGGUCCUCAUCUUGAAAAGGAUCUUAAAGCAUUGUCUGAGCAGGAGUUUGAAGAAUUGAAACUUCAAUUCACAAAUAUCUCUUCAGUUAUGGCCAGAAGGGUGUGUGAAGGCGACGAUGGUGAUAAAGAUGGUAUUCCUGAAAAUUCUGAGACACCAGAGAUUAAAAGUGAACAAGGGCUGGAACUUGAGCAAAAUAACAACUUGGCUGUUCUGGAGGAACCAGAAACUGUCAGUGAUGAAAUCAACGCCAUCUACCAAGAUAGGUCAAGUUUAAGCCCAGGUAAUGGUCCUCUCAAUACUCCCUCUCCAGAUCCAACAAAUGAGGAGGAUCAUGAAUCACUAUCAGAGUCCGGUGAAGAUGAUGAGCUUUCUGUCAGCCCUGGUAGGGAUUGCCCUGCUGAUCAUGUCCAGCAAGAAGAUAGGCUUUCUAAUGAAAGUGAUGACAAUGAUCCCAAUGCAAUCUUGUCACCUCUCGUGGCUUCGCCUGAACCACCUGGCCGAUAUCCUGUGCAAGAAAGCUGGAAUUUUAAUGAAGUGUCCAAUCAUGGACCAAGCCAAAGAAGAUGCCAGCCACACCAGUGUGUUCCAGCUGAGAUAAAAUGCCAGCAUUGCCAAUAUCCUAUGGAUGUACCAUUGAUUAAUGAGGUUUUCAAGGAGAAUGCUAAAUUUAGAAGAGAAAGAAAUGAACUUGAAAGGCAAUUAUCAGAGGCCCAAGAUCAAAUAGUGGAACUACAACUAUCUCAAGAGAUAACACAAUAUCGCUACGAAAAUGUUAGUAGGAUUAUGUGGCAAUUUCAUGAGACAUUGCAAGAAAGAAAGAGAAACAUUGACAGCCUGCGACAAGAGUUGACAGAAUUAAGCAAUGAACAUGAGAUUCAGAAAAACAGAUGUGAAGCCAAUGAAACUUCAUAUCAGAGACGAAUUAAAGACUUAGAAGCAUUGCCCAAGGCUAAUCUUCAGUUUAUAGAGCAUCUCUUAAAAAGAAAUGAAGACCUACAGGAUGAAAAUAAAAUUCUACUUGAGAGGAUUGAAACAAUGAAAGAUGAAGCAAGUAGACAGGAGAAGGUGUACAUGGAACAGCUGUUCUACAUCCAAACUAGAAUAGAUGAAGAAGAUAAGAAACUGAGGCAAGCAUAUAAGGAAAUGCAGACUUUUUCAGCAUGCCACAGACUGAAAUAAUUGCAGGAUCAGGCUCUGUAGAUCUAUCAAGUAACAUUGAUACUGAUAUUCAGACAUCAUUGUACUGACCAAAGGACUGAUUGGUUGUCUUUCAAAGUUAAAGUCAAACCUUUUGGCACUGUAGCUGUUCACAUUGACAAGCUGCUGUAAUUUGGAACGGUUAGGAGUGAGCUGUUCUGUAGCCUGCUAUUAUAGAACCUACAAGUAUUCCCACUCAAAUUCAGAUAUCUGUACAAUAGUUUUCUUCACAUAUAAAGAAACGCUAGGCCCAAAAAGGUUAUCAAAGCUAAGACUGUAAGGGAUCUUGGAAACUCUGAAAAAUUACAUCAUAUUUGCCUAAACAUGUUAUAUUAUUCAGUCGCUAAGCUUUGAUUAUGUAUGAAUAUUAAUUUCUUUCUCUGUGUAAACAUGAAAGGUCAAGUUUUUUUAAGGUGGCUGAGAGAAAACAUUUGAUUGAUACUAUUGUUAUAAAGAUGUAGUGUUUGACACCUGGGAAUACUUGUCAGGAGGUACCAACAAAGUGUAUCUAUCACUGCACAAGGUCUGUGAAACCCUGCAGAAACCCUGAGGUACUGUUUAAGAGGGGGUGGGAACUCCUCAAAAGCAGAAUUGGAAAUUACAGCUUUAUAUUUAAGGAACAUCCAUUUUCUGAUAUGUUUCUUAAAUGUAUGGGUUUUUCCAACAUAUUUAAUUACGUUUGAUAACUUAUAGAUUGUGCUACUAAAAUUGUGCAUUGAUAAGUAUGCCUGUAUUCUUAUUAUAUAGGAUGAAAUGAUGUACACAUUUGGGUGGCGAUAGCGAAAAUAUAGAUAUUGCAUCCAGGAUGUGGAGUGCAAGUCAUUAGCAAUAAUUUGUAGUUUUGACGACGUAAUGCUUGUGUUUGCAAAGUGCAUCAUGCAUGAUAUAUUGAUGAAAGUAUCAAUUGAUGGUUUUCAACCAUUCCCAGGAGAGAAAGUUGAACAAAAGAUGUCCGCCAUUGCUGGUGGACCUGACAAAAGAAAACCACCACUGUGACUGGUGGACCUUUUUGUUUUGCUCACUCUCAUGGGAAUGGUUGAAAACCAUCAAUAAGGUGGAUGUAGAACAUUGUUGAAGAAUUUUGUUAUACAUUGAACUUGACUUGAGUUUGUACUUUCUUCAAUACCAUAGUUAGCCUAGCUAAGUACAUCCAUUCCCACCCCUCCUCCUACAGGGAGAAUUUCCCUUUAGGGGGGAGGGGUAGGUGGGAAUGAGGUACACAGGGUAUCCCAUAGUGCAUUUCACCAAGCAUUGAAUGAUGUCAUAGCUAUUGGACACUCUGGAUGUGUAUAUUUAGGCUCUCUCUCUCACUCUGUUGUGUACAAAAAAUCAAAAACCGAGAGGCCAUUCUCUCACUAUUUUUAAAUCUGAUUCAAAUGUGAUUUGAUUAGAAGUAAAUAAUGAAAACAUUAAUUUGCAUAAUGCAUUAUUUUACCACCAUUACCCUUGUUCUUAUUAAGAUUGUAGUAUAAUGAUGGCAAUAAUAGUAUAAUUAAGCUUAUUAUUGCUAAUUUAAUUUUCAAAGAGCAUUAGAGUGGUUUUCCGUCAACCAUGAAAACAUAAUAAGUCUAAUAGUUAUUAUUAGUUUGUAAUAGACCAAUACUAAUAGUCUAGCUUGUAUCCGAUAAUUGUAUAAACAUAUUCAUCACAAAAACAAGUAUUUUUUAUUUUAAAUUUUAAUGGUCAAUUUUGUUAUAAUGGUAACUAAUUAAACUAAACGUUUAAUUUAUUCAGACUAGUCUGUUGUUUGUUAGCUAUUCGGUUAUAGUUUAUAUGUCUAAAAGUUAUAUUGACUAGUCUAUUACUCAUUGGUACUAACAAGUUGGUCUAUUACUUUUCAUAGUUGACGGCAAACCACUCUACAGUCAAAAUUAAAUAGAUAUAGUACAAGUUAAGUAGAGUUUUUAGCAGCGUUUUAUAGAUUAAAAUAAAUUUGAUGGUGCCAUCAUUAAAACAUAAAAUAACUUUUUAAUAAUUUAUUUAUAAUUCCUCAAAGGAAGUGCCUAUAAUUAGAAUAAAAUUUCAAGAAUAUAUCAAAAAUUCAAUAAUGCAUUUUGCGUAAAAUAUAUUCAUAAUUUCAAUAUAAUUCCUAAUUUUAUGUCAAUGUUAAUGAAAUUGUACCUGUUAUAUUGCAAACAGUUAGUCUUCUUCAUAUGCAACUCCAGUUUCUUAAUUAUAAAUAAUUUUGCUUGAGACAGGAAUCCCAGUAGUUGCUAUUGGAGGAUAAGCUAUCUGUUUAGCAUGAAUCAAAAGCAUGCAUAGAGUGACUUUUUACAGACCAAUUGAUAAAUUUCUGUUUUGUUCUAUCCAAUAGCACUAGCCAAGAUGUCUCAUAUGGCUGUUGGAAAUUCACUCUAAAUGUGGCAAUAAUAUGUUGUACUAAGUGGUCAAACUUUAACUAGUUUAUCUUAGGAGUAGUGACUCGUUGUUAUCCUUCACAAGUUUGUAAUGUUUCUUGUGAUUUGAGAAAUUAAACAAUGAUCAUUGUUUGCUCUUUCUUAAAUUAUAUUAUUAGUUUCUUUAAUUCAACAAAUAGCUAUACUAAACCAAUCGGAUAAGAUCUUGCAAAACCGUGUAAGGCUAACCAAUGACUGCAGUAAUCUAAGCCUAGAGAUAGCUGGAUGAAAUAAAAAAAUGAAGCAAAUUAA